GAUCGCCACAGCAACACACAGCCACGGCAACGCAACAGACUGCCAACGGGGUACGGCAGGCUGCAAGCGGAGCCGAGGGCCUGGAAGCGCCGCAGGGAGUUCAUGGCUGUGAGGAAGGGGCCAGGCAAUCAGCGAGCCAGGGAAAAAGUCUCUCUCGCCCUCCCUUUUCUCAUAACCAGCCAGCACACUCCCCUUUGCAUGCUCUGGGAGGAACAGAAUGGAAUCCUCCUUCCUGGAAGAGGUGGCUGCAUCCUUGGUGAGAGAAUUUCUCAGCAAAAAGGGUUUGAAAAGGACAAUUGUCGUGAUGGAUGAAGAGUUUCCUCGUACAGCUCUCAGCAUCAACAACAGAAAUGAGCUUCGCAAUGUUUUGCACCUCCAAUCUUUGUGCAAACAAAACAAGGCAAAGGAGAGUCCACUGAAAACCCUUCUCGAAAUCAUCACCAGUUAUUUUCUUGACCAUUCGAACAACACCAAAGGUAUUAAGGGGAGCCCAUUAGCCCCACAGAAGAAGCUCUCCCAGCCCAGAGGUACAGAGAACUCUGUACUUAAGAAUUAUCUCUCCGAUGAAGAUGUCUGUAGGCAGACAGUGCCUGAAAGAAACAAAAUCGAGACCUACAGCUAUGAGAUUGAUGAGGAAAUAAUUCGUCCAGCUGGCUUGUCCAAGCAGCAUCUGUACAAGAACAGUGGACAAAGCAAGACUGGGACAGCAUUCGAGAGCAGCUCACCUUCUGACGGAGAGAAAAGGCCGACCCAUCGCUAUGAGGACUUGCAAACACUUGAGCUGUCUCUGAACACCAGAACUACCAUGAGGGAGCAACUCCGAGCCAGGCCUGGCGACCUCUUCACCAGAGGCACAAUGGUGGCUGACUCCACGGCCAGCCCUCAAGAGGAUUCCUUGAAAAGAAGGCAUCAAAAACAACUCUCUGGAAUCAGGAGCACAGAACAACCCAGGGAAGGGAACAGCACCAAGAACUCUUUCACUGUGCCGAUGGGAGACUCCCAAGAGUGUACAGGAAUUUCCAGGCAAUCUGCAAAUCUCUUGUCUUUGCACAGUAGCGGUUCCCUCAAUGAAAGCAAGUAUCGUUCACCCAAGCUCCUGGUUGGUCCAUGCAGUGCAGGUGAUGAAACAGUGAAACAUUCGGCCAAAAGUGCAGAGGGCCCGCUUUCCAAACUGAUACCAGAACGUCGCCAAGUUGAAGAAAGGAAACCUGCACCCAUCUACACAGUGGAGAUGAAUGAGAGAAGCCAGCGCUUAAACUUUUUUCAGAGGCAGACAGGAGCUGAAAGUGGGAGAAAAGUGAGAUCCCCCGCAAAGAGUGAAUCUCAAUUUAUGGAGUGGAGAAAGACACCAGCAUCCGCUUCCGGCACAGGCAGCUUAGGCCAAGACACGUUGGAACUAGUUGAUGUUGACGAUGAAGAAACCAUGAGGGACAUUUACAAGAUCCCUGACUUUUCGACUCUACAUGAAGUCCAAGUGACAUCAAAGCCCAUUGACUACUGUCUUGCAAGAGACCUAAAAACCCUUCUGUUUGGCUCCAGCCUGGGCUGCUUCAGUGAGGAAUGGAAAAUCCAGAGCUUUAUAUUUAACGAUAUCCCUCGGCUGAAGUACGGCAUCAUACAAAAAAAGGGUGGGCCGUGCGGGGUGCUGGCAGUCGUUCAAGCCUGCCUCCUGCGACAUCUUAUCUUUGGAGACAGCAACGGGAACAGCGAUACUUGGUGCCUUCAGGUAUCAGAAGCGAAGAGGACCAAAUGCCUCGCUUUGGCUCUUGCCGGCAUUUUGUGGCGUGCAGGGAGCAGCCAGAGAGCCGCGGUUGCCUUGUGUACGGGAACACAGCAAUUCACCCCUGCAGGGAAAUACAAAGCGGAUGGGAUCUUGGAAACGCUUAUGUUGCAUUUUGCCACAACAUACGAAGACCUCCUGAUGUUUCUGCAACAAAAUAUUCAUCAGUUUGAAGCUGGUCCAUAUGGAUGCAUUCUUCUGACUUUGUCUGUGAUAUUAUCAAGAUCCAUCGAUCAAGUUCGUGGAGAUUUUGAUGUGAUCACAAACCGAUUGAUUGGUGCAUAUGGAUACUGUACACAGGAACUGGUCAACCUGCUGCUUACUGGCAAAGCCGUGUCCAACGUCUUCAACGAUGUGAUGGAGCUGGACUCUGGAAAUGGCAACAUCACAGUCUUAAAAGGCGUCACCAGCCGCAGCGACGUGGGUUUACUGUCCCUCUUUGAGCACUACAACAUCUGCCAGGUUGGUUGCUAUGUGAAGACCCCCAAGUUUCCAAUUUGGGUUGUGUGCAGCGAAAGUCAUUUCAGCGUACUCUUCUGUUUGCGGAAGGAUUUGCUCGGAGACUGGAAAACAGAGAGACGGUUUGACCUCUAUUACUACGACGGCUUAGCCAAUCAGCAAGACGAGAUCCGUCUAAGCAUUGAUACUUCACAGCCUUACACUGAAGAAAAGGAAAAUGACCUCAUCCCUCCACUUGAACACUGCAUCCGGACCAAGUGGAAAGGCGCAGCAGUCAACUGGAAUGGUACAGAACCCAUCCUGUGACCUCUCUGACCACACUGACUAAAACCAAACCCAUUCCCACCCUAAUAGAAAGCUGGGAAGGUGGCGUGUGUGCUUUCAUCGCGUGCAACAAGACCGAAUGACAUCGGAUGGAUGAUGACAGGAUUUCGGCGCUCCGUCGGUUGUGUAAACAGUGGCUGCACACAUUCUGGGCUUUUGCUGUGUGCCGUGUGUGAAAAUGGAGAGCCAACCUUGACAGCCAAAACAAGCUGUGGGAAAGGGCAGUAAAUCUGUCAACUUCUACUCAAGUUCCAUUUCUGAAUCCAGUCCACGUCCUGCAAUUGUGUCUCCUACUAAACAAUGCUGAAUGCACCCACUUUUAUAUUUUAGCAUUUGGACCUUUUUCAGUCUUAUUCUAAAUCAAGGAAACAGAAGCAUACACAGCGAAAGAGAGAAGAAACUGUUCUUUCUGAUACUGUCAUUCAUCAGUUAACUUAAUGGUUCCAAAACACUGCCAGGAUAUCACUGCCAACACUUUUUCUUAUUUUCAUGAACUGGUAUCUUCUCCUUUUGUUGGUAUUUUGACUUCAGGCUACUGAGAGACCCAAAUCAACAGCAUUGUCCCUCUCUUAAUUCUGCUAAGGGACUGUGGGCCCAUCUGGAAUGCUUAAAAAUUGUUGUGGGUGCCAGCCACAAAAUGGCUGCCAUGGAGGCAUGACAUAACACAAAAUGGCUGCCGUAGAGGAGUGGCAUAAAACAAAAUGGUUCCCGUGGGAGCAUGGCACAAAAAAUGGCUGCCGUAGAGGAGUGGCACAAUGGGUGCCACAUCUAAAAGAGUAGAAAAAGAAACAGGGCCUCAAAAUGGUGCAUGCGUUCCCUCCCCCCAGCAGCUGCCCCAUCACUGGGGCAAAAAACACCUACAUCAGCCAUUGCUGUGCUCCCUCUAUGAGAGUUUGAGGUGGGAGGGUGGGCAACCAGUCCUAGCAUCAAGUGAAAUGCGCUCAUGUUGAGAGGGGGUCAAUGUCGGGGAAACUGAGCUAGUACAAAGAGGAACUGAGCCAGAAGAGCAAAGAGAUUUUUGUGUAUUGCAGAUUUUUGAGGGGAUAUUUACUGACACCUUUCUCAAGCACUGUAGGAUGUACUGGUUGGCAGACUGGUGCCCUCAGAUAUCAUAUUGGCUGCUCCUAUGCUCAGGGAUACCUUUCCUUGUCUAGGCCACAAUAUUGUUUGACAAAGAGAAUGAUUGGGUUGCAAUUCUAAGCAAUGAAAGUAACACACUGUAAGCUAGUUAACUAUUUACAUUUGUGUUGAUACAUUAUAUUCAGCAUGGCUGGCUUGCCAAUAUGUAGGAUGUAGGAUUUUAUGGGAAUUUCAAUAAGGUACCAGGACCUGACAUGGAGGUAUCCUACAAAUCUCCUAUCAGCUUAACUUCCUUGGUCCAGGAGCUUUCAUCCACCAGAUGAACAAAACUGGUACAGCCAAAACCACUGAUGUCACAUCCACACCAUACAUUUAAAGCACAUUUAACACACUUUUAAAGCACAUGGCUUCCCCCAAGGAAUUUGAGUACUGCUGUUUGAUAGGGAUGCUGGGAAGUGUAGCUCUGUGAGGGGUACACCCAGGAAUCUUUGGGGGGGGUGUCAGCCAUGUGCUUUAAAUAUGUGUUGAAUGUAUGGUGUGGAUGUCAUCUGAGUAGCAAAGUUGAACUAAAGCUUUAUUGAGGACGCCUGCAAAGUGCCUCCCACCGACGUCAGACAAGCGUACAAAGGAAAGGCAAAUAAAAAGGUUUCUUACACUUCCAAAGACAGCCUUCCACUAGUAGCAGUAACUAAUAGAGAGAUGACUUGUUAGCCCAGAUCCCAGGGGGUAAUCGAUCAUCACAGCAACCCAACCCAUCAUUCAACAGAGCAAAUCUCUCAAAGUAGUCCUCUAGGGUCCAAGCCAAGAGACUUAUCCCAGGCUUAUCUCUCCCUCCCUUUUUAUGCAGUUGUUUGUGACCCAACUCUGUAUAUGUUGCCCUUCCCUGAUUGGCUGUCCACACCUCCUCUUUAUGGACUUUUCCUGGCGACUCCAGGUAUAUGGCACAUGUUCCGUCCAUGAGUCGAAGGUUGCAGAAAAUCCCUAGAUGGUUAUUUGGGUACUUCCCAUUUCUGUAUCAAAUGGUACAAAUCAGCAGACUCUUCAUUCCCACUUUCCUCUUCUGCUUGUGAACUGGUUCUUCCUAUUCUCGCUCUGGCCGAGGGUGGGGAACCUCAGGUCUGGGAGCCAGAUGGGGCCCACCAGAUACACUUCGGACUUUCUCUGCACCCUUUGCCUGGCUGGCAUCUGCCCUUGAACUGUGUUAGUGCCUCUUACUUGCCUUGAAUGGAGGAUGGAAAGGGGUGUGUCUCUGUGUGUAUGCACCUCUGACUUUUGUGCCAGUGGAACGUAGCCUACUUUACAGAGAGUCAGAGUCACAUCCAUUGCUCCACCCACUUUUGCCUCUGGCCCAGCCCACCACUGGCAUGCAGCCUUGGGGAGGUUGCCCACAAGGGAGCACAGCCCUUGGGCUGAAAAAUCUUCCCCACCCCUGCUUUAGCCUAACUGCAGUCUAUAUUUCCUGUUAUGGUACAUCCAGGUUCUUAUUAAGAAAUAGCAACUUCCCCCAGCCCCUUUUCUCCAUGUGCAUGAGGAUGCAUUGUGUUAUUGAAAUAGAUUUAUUGCUGUAGAUCAGGGGUAGCCCAAAUGGUGCCCUCCAGAUGUUGCCGAAGUACAGCUCCCAUCAUCCCUGAUCAUUGGCCAUAUGCUGGCCAGGGCUGAUGUGAAUCGGAGUCCAACCUCAUCCGGAGGGCACCAUGUUGGCUACCCCCAUAUAGAUUUCUCCUCCAGGGCCAGCAUCCCCAUGGCAAUUCCCAACAACCAAUCCCAUCCGUUUAAAGUUAUUAGAAGUCAGCUUGGCCACAAUCUAUUAGGUUUCCUUGCCCCAGCUGGCACGCAUAAUUCACAUGGAUCGACGAGAGGGAAACUGUGAUGGUCUUCACUCAUGUAAGGCGUUCUAAUAGGCAGUACAGCUGGGAGAGAAUUUGCCAAGGGGGUGGCAAUCUCUGUGGUGGCUAAAAUGUCUAGACUGGGAGGACUCUGCAUCCCAGUAAUUCUGGGAAAUACGUUCUCCUGACAUGUAGUGAAAAUAAAAAUAUUGUUGUGCACCACCCCAGUCUCCGAGUGGUGUGAGAUUCCAGGGGUUGUUGCGCUUAUCCGGGGUUUAGUUUCUGUGGAAAGAAGUUCAGCAGAAACUAUGGUGUCUUAUAGGCUAUAUGGUUUUUAUUUAUACAUAUUAGCAACCUGAGCUUAAGAUAGAGGGGUUCACAGCGUUACCAGUCCAAUAGAUCUUGUUUUUCUAUCAGGCUUGCAGGGAGGCACCCCAAAGCCAUGGUGCAGAGAGCAAGCCUCUCUGUGUCUCCCUAGUUCUCCACUUCUCUGUACUAGCGUAAAAACACACUAGCCUUCCUUCGCUCUAGGAUGUGGGGAGGAUGGCCUCUCCUGAAAAUUCUGAAUGGCCUACAUUGCUCUCUGGCAGAUCCUUACACUUGUUAAUGGCGGCACUUGACAGACCUAACAGGCACUCCGUUAGAUUUGCAAAGGAAAUUAGUCUGACUAGUGGAGCAGGGUUCUUUCUUUGCAGGUUGUAUCUCUUACAGGCACACAAUUAUAAACCAGAAAGGGUCUCAGAGAUACCAUCCAAACCCACAAUCCUAUAACAAUACAUAACCCUGGGACUGGUUUCUCCUUUCGUUGAUCAGUUUUCAGUGAUGUUUACACAAAAGCACUGCGCUCGGGAAUGUGUGCAUAAUUGUUUCCUGGUGAUCCUCCCCACUUCCUCUUCCUAGGUGGAACUUGGCUUGAAAUCGUCAUGGGCUAUGACAAGGUAGCCUUUGGGCUGGAUUCUCUUAUUUUAGUGAAAUAGUUGGGGGGA